GCUCCCUUCUCCCUCAUGCAGGUGCGGAGCUUGGAGCAGCAGAACAAGAUUCUGGAGACCAAAUGGAGCCUCCUGCAGCAGCAGAAGACGACCCGCAGCAACAUGGACAACAUGUUUGAGAGCUACAUCAACAACCUUCGGCGGCAGCUGGACACAUUGGCCCAGGAGAAACUGAGGCUGGAGUCAGAGUUUGGCAACAUGCAGGGGCUGGUGGAAGACUUGAAGAAUAAGUACGAGGAUGAGAUCAACAAGCGCACAGAGAUGGAGAAUGAAUUUGUCCUCAUCAAGAAGGAUGUAGAUGAAGCUUACAUGAACAAGGUAGAGCUGGAGUCCCGCCUGGAAGGGCUGACGGAUGAGAUCAACUUCUACAGGCAGCUGUAUGCAGAGGAGAUCCGUGAGCUGCAGGCCCAGAUCUCCGACACGUCUGUGGUCCUGUCCAUGGACAACAACCGCUCCCUGGACCUGGACGGCAUCAUCGCUGAGGUCAAGGCCCAGUACGAGGAGAUCGCCAACCGCAGCCGGGCCGAGGCUGAGACCAUGUACCAGAUCAAGUACGAAGAGCUGCAGACGUUGGCUGGGAAGCACGGGGAUGACCUGCGUCGCACGAAGACGGAGAUUUCUGAGAUGACCCGGAACAUCAGCCGAAUCCAGGCUGAGAUCGAGGCCCUCAAAGGCCAGAGGGCUUCCCUGGAGGCCUCUAUAACUGAUGCUGAGCAGCGUGGGGAGCUGGCCCUCAAGGAUGCUCAGGCCAAAAUCUCCGAGUUGGAGGCCGCCCUGCAGAGGGCCAAGCAGGACAUGGCCCGGCAGCUGCGCGAGUACCAGGAGCUCAUGAACGUCAAGCUGGCCCUGGACGUGGAGAUUGCCACCUACAGGAAGCUGCUGGAGGGCGAGGAGAGCCGGCUGGAGUCUGGGAUGCAAAACAUGAGUAUCCAUACCAAGGUCAGCAGUGGCUUCUCCGGUGCGCUGAGCCCAGCCUAUGGAAACGUCACAAGCCCGGGCUUCAACUAUGGCUUAAACAUCCAGCCCAACUUCAGCUCUGGCAGGGACUCUGGAUACUCCAGCCGCACCAGCACCAGCUCCUCCAGGACCGUGGUUGUGAAGAAGAUUGAGACUCGAGACGGCAAGCUGGUGUCUGAGUCCUCUGAUGUCCUGCCCAAGUAAAAGGCUAGGCUACUGGGGUCCUUCCUGGCCUCCGACCCUGUGGGAAAGGAGCUGAGCAAGGGGACAUUGGUCACAGGAGACACCCCAGUCCUCAGCCCACCCUUGGGGGAGGAGUCUACUGCUUGGGGGACCAUCUCUGACCCACACCCCCAACUAAAAGCCAAGUCAAGUGUUUUUUCCAAAAUAAAAUCUCAGCUGGCUAUAUGCCCACCCUA